GGAGCUGGAGCGCACUGUAGUCGUUUAAACCGCCACGGAGCCAUGCCAGCGUACGACAGCUUCACGUCGUCCCGCGGACGAACGGAAUCGAUCUACUACACGGCCAAGGAGUACGAUUCGGCUGACGGCGACGAGUCCGACUAUGGCCACGGACGAGCGCCACCGCCCCCACCGCCACCACCACCGCACAUCUUCGAGGACACAUCGCCGACCACCAUCUUCAACCGGCGAUACGUCGAUCCGUGGGAUAUGGAGAACUACGUCUACAUUCGCAAGCAUGUGCUCGACCCGGCGUCCGAGACGUCCGAGGUUUCCCCGUCACCGGCCGGCGAGCCGAUCCAGUCCAAGUUCUACUACGUGCCCGGGGAGCUGAACGGUCUCGGCGAGUGUCUCGAGUGCGGUUCGAGCGCCGAAGAACCCGAGUUCGAGCCAGAGUUCUCCGAGUCCGAGCUGGAACUGGUUGGCCAGCAGCAGCAGCAGCAGCAGCAACACCGACAACUUCUACUGGAGGCCAGUGAUGGCCACAACUCCGCGACUCCCCGGAUGAUGGACGGGAUGGAACUGGAGCGAGUGGCCGGAGAGGAACCGGAACCGAGCGAGCUGGAGGAAGGCGACGAAGAGCAGGAAGACGAAGAGGACGGAUUCUACACCGAACGGUACGACACCGUGAUGGACGAGGACAGCAUCGGAGGAGACGAGCUCGUCUACAGCUCAUACACCGAUUUGGAAACUUCGUCCACAGAACAGCCGAGUUCGUGCGACAGUUCAAUGUCGGCGCUGCGCCUGCACACGCCCGGCUUUGGCAAGAGCAGUAGGCGGCCGAUCGUGCUGCCGAAACCGCUGCCGCAGCUGGAGUUUCCGGGGCCACCGUCGUACGAGUACUACGAGCCGAGCUGCUGCUACAUGCCGUUGCCACCGCCGCCGCCGCCGCCUCCGCCGCCACCGCACCACGUGGCCAGUCACUACCACCAUCAUCCGCACCACCACCACCCGCUCGCGUCGCCACCGUCGAUCGCCGGGACGAUCCUGUCCGAGGACCACCACAACUACUACACGCUGAACGACUGUCUCGAGUGCGCCCGGCAGGAAGCGGAACACGUGCCACUGUACGCGACCACCAGCAGCGCCAGCCCGACCCGCCGACGGUCCCGCAGCGUGAGCGUCGUGAGCCACAGUAUGAGCCUGGCGAGACGCCCGAGCCAGAUGCUGGAUCCGGCCACCGCCAUUGCGAUCGCAGCGACCCACGCUAAUGUAUGUUACACCCCGCAACAUUUCAGUCUCAGCAAGAAGGGUCUGCUGCAGAUCGACUACUCCUGCAACUGGAACAACCUCGAUCGAUACAUCGCCAAAUGAGAGAUCCCGUGGCCCGACCGGACCGACCGACAGCCGGAGAGUGUAGCCCUAAGUCUAAUUUAACACGUGCACACGUGCAGAACACAGCUCACUGAAAUCUUAAAUUAAGCCAAUCUCACCAAUGCAACCACCCCGAUCAGUUGUAAAGUAUUGUAUCGCCAAGUAUUGCUGUAAAUAUGGUUGAACAUAAUUAUUAUCACCUGAA